AUGGGUGCAUCACAAUCAACCCCACACUUUCCGAGUGAAGCCGAGGCCAAACGCAUCCUCCUCGAGAAGAUCCACAACAUGACCCUUGAUACAGCAGAAGAUGAUUAUAUUCAUGUUGAUGAGAAAGGUGUUGCACUCCAAAAGACAUCCAGAGCUCAGUGGACUCCAUUGAUUGCUUCGAAAGUUGUAAAGUGGGAGGAGGAACUAUUGAGUGAUCCUAAGAAUCGACUCGCACUUAGUGCUCUCAGCUCUGCAGACCCUCGAACUGUCUUGACAUCUCGCACUACUCUCAAUAAAGACCAACAGAUCUUUUCUGUCAAGAUUCCCUUUGAAGGAGCACCGAUUACAAACCAGCGACAAUCAGGACGUUGCUGGUUAUUUGCAUCCACUAAUGUCUUUCGAGUUGCGUUGAUGAAGAGACAUAAUCUCAAAGAGUUUGAAUUGUCACAGGCAUAUUUGUUCUUUUGGGAUAAAUUGGAGAAGUCCAAUUAUUUCUUGGAGCAGAUUCUUGAUACGGCGGGGGAGGAUUUAGAUGGAAGAUUGGUGCAGACAUUGCUGGCUACGCCGGUUAGUGAUGGGGGGCAAUGGGAUAUGGUUUACAACAUCGUCCACAAAUAUGGUCUUGUACCUCAAGUCCUCUAUCCGGAUAGCUUCAAUGCCCAAACAUCCUCGGUGAUCAACAGUAUCAUCACAACCAAACUCCGUGAAGAUGCUCUUAAAUUACGAGCUGCUGCUGCCACAAAGUCCGCAUCUACCCUGAACAAUCUAAAGGAGCAUAUGGUUCGCCAAAUUCAUCUUAUCCUUACUCUUGCUCUUGGUCCCCCGCCUGCCUCUGAUACCGCAUUUACAUGGCAAUAUCUAGACAAGGAUGACAAAGCCCAAGAAUUAAAGGCUACCCCAAUUGAGUUCGCCAAAGAAUUGAAUACUCCCAAGUCAAUGAGAAUUACCAAUUCUACUGUCCAUGAUAUGUUCUCUCUGGUCAAUGAUCCAAGAAAUGAAUACAACACCCUCCUCACUGUUGAUCGUCUAGGUAAUAUCGUUGGUGGUCGCCCCAUCACCUAUAUCAACGUCCCCAUGUCCACCAUGAAAUCCGCCUGUAUCGCCAUGUUAAAAGCCGAUCUCCCAAUAUUCUUCGGCUCGGACGUCGGGAAAUACAGCAACAGUCAAAAAGGAAUCAUGGAUCUCGACCUCAUCGACUACGAACUCGGCUUCAACAUCAAACUUGGAAUGACCAAAGCCCAACGUCUCAUGACGGGCGAAAGUGCCAUGACUCAUGCCAUGGUUCUCACAGCCGUACAUCUCGAUGAUGAGGGAAAGAGUGUAAGAUGGAGAGUUCAAAAUAGUUGGGGUGAGGGGGCGGGGACAGAUGGUUGGUUUGUUAUGAGUGAUGAGUGGAUGGAUCAAUUUGUUUAUCAGGCAGUGGUAGAACCGAGGUUUGUGAGUAGGGAGAUUAGAGAUAUUUUGAAAACGGUACCGAAGGUGCUGAAUCUUUGGGAUCCGAUGGGUGCGCUGGCUUAG